CCAGACGAGCUGCAGCCUGCAGAGUACAAUCGUGAAUCGACCGACCGCUAACCCCAUCGCGGCAGAAAAACACACUGUAUGCGCAUACCAAUAUACCCGCGCGUACAAUCCGCACACAUCAACGGUCGUCAGCCGCCGAGCCGCGGCACGUAUACACACGCAAGCGGUGGCGGCGGGUUAUUUCUUUCCCGGGUGAGCUGUGCGAGCAAGAGACGCACGACGACGAGCCCGAAAGUACGCACGGUGCUGCAGGCGACGAGGGAGCACCGGCCCGCGCGGCCCCGGGACAAGUCCUCACGGCGUCGGCCAGGAUUACUCGUCGGCGGCGGUGGCGGUAAGCGGAGGCGCAAGAAGAUGAGGAACUCGACCACGCCGCACUCCAGCAAGAAGAAGGGCCGCAACCGGAGCAAGAUCGGCAAGUUGGCCGAGGCCCAAGCGACCAGUCCCAACGCAGCGGGUAGCACCGACGCUACACCUGUCCAGGAGUCCAACAAGUAUGCCCUGUUAAAUCCUUUGCGCGAGGAUGGAAACAAACCGUUCAAAGUGAAUUUCAACGACAGUAUUCCUAUAUUAUCUCAAGAAGAGUUUGAUGCCGAUGAAAAAAAUACAUCUUUCAAAAGUAAUAGCUCCACAGCAGCUGAUAGAGAGAAGGAGGACAAAGCCAUAUUAAGUUCCCUACCAACAGCGGUGGCCAAAGAAUUAGAUGGCUAUGAGAGUCAAAUUGGUGAGGCUGAGCCUCUCCCCAAUUCCUAUGUGAGAUUUAUGGAGAGAAGUGGUGAAGAAUUAGAUGGAGAAGUUGAGUACGAUCUAGACGAAGAGGAUUCAGCAUGGCUGUCUAUAGUAAACGAACGUCGCGCAGCUUCGGGUUUAACACCCAACUUGGAGCCAGACACGUUCGAGCUCUUAAUGGAUCGUUUAGAAAAAGAAUCUUAUUUCCAACAACAGACCAAUGGAGGAGGUGCAGCCGGUGCCUUGGUCACGGCCGCCGAUGAGGACGCAGUCUGUUGCAUAUGUAUGGAUGGCGAGUGCCAAAACAGCAAUGCCAUCCUCUUCUGCGACAUGUGCAAUCUUGCCGUGCACCAAGACUGCUACGGAGUUCCUUACAUUCCUGAAGGCCAAUGGCUGUGUAGGAGAUGUUUACAGAGUCCUUCCAGAGCCGUUGAUUGCGCUCUUUGUCCUAACAGAGGCGGUGCUUUCAAACAGACGGACCGGCCGGCCACUUGGGCGCACGUAGUCUGCGCUCUUUGGAUUCCAGAAGUACGUUUUGCCAAUACGGUUUUCCUCGAGCCGAUCGAUAGCAUCGAAAGUAUACCCGCAGCCCGCUGGCGGCUCACCUGCUGCGUUUGCAAGCGUCGAGGUGUUGGCGCCUGCAUCCAGUGUCACAAGAGCAAUUGCUACGCGGCAUUCCACGUAACGUGCGCUCAGCAGGCAGGGCUAUGCAUGCGAAUGCGAACCGUACAGCCGGCCAACGGAGAGCCCAUGCUAGUCCAGAAAACGGCCUACUGCGAGACACAUGCGCCGCCAGAUUACCAACCUAGCACAAAUCCAGCCGACGCCAGAAGACGGGCCAUCGCCAACAAGAAAAGUUCAAGCGCACCUGUUAUUUCCAUACCAACCAUUCCGCCCGAACGUAUUCGCGAGAUCGCUAACUUAGCGGACGGUCUACCAAAGAAGAACCAGCUGAUCCAGCGGCUGAUAGCCUAUUGGACCCUGAAACGACAGUAUCGUAACGGCGUACCCUUGCUUAGGAGAUUACAGAGUUCGCACCCGCAUCCACGAGCUCCUCCGUCACUAGGUGACGCCUCGUCGCCUACGCCUGAUGCCGAGAUACGCAACGAAAUGUAUAAGCAAUUGAAGUAUUGGCAAUGUCUCAGACAAGAUUUAGAGAGAGCAAGGCUACUCUGUGAACUUGUCAGAAAACGGGAAAAAUUGAAGAAAGAACUUUUUAAAGUAAAAGAAAAGUGUAUGUGGUUUGAGCUGAGACCGCUUGAAAGUGUAUUAAGAGUAUUACUAGAAACGUUAAAACUGCGCGACCCAAACGACGUCUUUGGACAACCAGUCAACAUUGAAGAAGUACCGGACUAUCUGGAUAUCGUAACACAUCCAAUGGAUCUAUCAACUAUGGAGGCUAAAAUAGACCGUUCAGAGUACGAUUCGAUAUCUGCCUUUGAGGCUGAUUUCAAUCUGAUGGUUAACAACUGCCUGGCCUAUAACCGCAAGGAUACUAUGUUCUAUCGCGCGGGUGUUAAAAUGCGCGAGCAAGGCGGCGUUCUCAUCGAGCAGGCACGCAAAGACUAUCCCGAAUUAGACGGUCAUAUCACUGAGGAAUCUGCUGAAGAAGCAGAAGCAGAAUCUGAAGAGCCACAGCAGCAUGUAAAUUCUACUCCUGCUGCUGGUGGAGCAAAAUCGAGAAAGCGAGAUCGCAGUGCGAGAGUUCGGAAUGACUCAGAAUCGAAAGCUAACAACGAAAAAGACACAUCUUCUACGAGCAUUAUGAGUACGAGUCCUGGAGGUACAAGCGCUGCAAACAUUAGUGGCAGUAGCACUGGUGGUGGAGCCAUUAGUGGUGGUGUCAAUCGUAGGACUGCUGUACUUUUUACGCGGAAAGCCAAGGCUCGUGCUAGCAGGGGACAGUUACAUCGGACUAGUCCUGAGAAUGAGCAGAAGAAGCAAAGCGACAGUUUUAGAGUUUACAGGAGCGGAGCGACAGACAGUGAUAUAGGUGAACGUGAAAGCCAGUCCUCUAGCUGUAGUAGUUGCUCUACCAGUCGAUCAACGAGUCCGGAGCGGGAUGAUGACCUUGAUGCUGACGGAGACGAUACAGCCCAUGAAGACUCACCUACCCAUAAACCAAAAUCAGCGAAACAUACUAACGACGAUGUCUCUGCUAACGAAGCCAAUAGCAAAAUGGAGACGGACAGCAAUGGGGCUCUGACUGCGUUACAACUCGUAUGGGCCAAAUGUCGGGGUUAUCCAUGGUAUCCAGCAUUAAUCAUCGAUCCCAAUACUCCGCGUGGUACGGUACAUAAAGGUGUUCCCAUACCUUCGCCACCUGACGACGUGCUCGCUUUGGCCAGUAAUUAUAAGGACCGAGUGUAUCUCGUACUGUUUUUCGAUACAAAGAGAACAUGGCAAUGGUUACCAGGAGAAAAAUUAGAACCUUUAGGCGUAUCGCAAGAAUUGGAUGACGGCAAGCUAAUCGAGUCUCGAAAACCCACGGACAGGAAGGCGGUGAAGAAGGCUUAUCAAGAUGCGUUACUCUACCAAAAACAAACGCGGAACUCGACACUCAGCGUGUCGGCCGGCGAUUAAUCAUGUAGUUAGUUUCUUCGACUAGGUAAAAUAGCAACACUUGUAUAAAGUUUAUUUUAUCACUUUAUAGGAAUCAUUAAUUUAAUUAAGCUACUGUUUUUCGUACAAAACUAUCCAAUAACUCUCCUUCUGGAAAAGAAAUGUUUUAGUCGUUUUAUAAAUAUAUAAAAUGAAUCUUUUUACAAUGUGA